AUGGCGACGUUGUUGUGGCACUUACCUUUCUUGAUGCAAACGUGUCCACAUGGUCCUGCUGUGGCGAGGCUUGCGCAAGCGGCAAACGCUGCUGGUUUCACCGUUGGAAAUCAUUUUGCGUGGGCGGCAUCCAUUGAGCGGCCACACGAAGCCAUUGUCGAAACACCGCACCAAGAGCUAGGUACACGUGCGAACGACACCAUUGCGCAGCAACAAGCCGUGAUCCACGAACUGGUUGCCAUGAACAAGGCAUUUAGCCUACGUGUCGCAACCGUUAAAGCACACGUCGGUAUUGGUGCGGCUCCAACACCUCCCAUCGCCAUGCUAUCGCACGAAGCCAAAGCCACUGUCCCAACGAAACAUCACAAGGCAGUCGCCACGUCCUUGGCAGACUUGUGGUUCGAGUGGUACGCUCGAGACCCCCCCAUAUGGCAGAAAUCCGAGGCGAAGUUGGUCGUUGGCUUCAUGAAGCUGUUCCUCCACAAUGGCCUUGAGUUGGAUGCUAAUGCACCGUCCUAUCGCGACGAUGUCUUGCGCUUGGGAUCGUUCGUCGACCAACGCGUCUUAAGCUUCGUGCCCGACAUUGUGCCAAAUGUUCGCAGCAGUGGGUCGGUACUGCGCAUCCUGCGCGAGCAACACCGCAUCGGGACUCAAUACAAUCAUUGGGUUGGUUAA